AUGACAAACACAGAAGAAGAAACUUCUAGAUCCGUCACUGUAGGCAUCCAAUCACGGCGGUGCAAGCUGCACAGAGUGCAAAUACAGUUGCGACAAGACAAAAAGCAAAUCUAUGAGCCGGUAGUAGUGCCCCUCGGCCCCUACCACCAACGCCUGCAUCCACAGUCGCAUCUAGUGGAGCCACUAAAGAACAAGCUAAAGGAUAUAGAUUGCGGGGACUUAACCAGCAAAAGCUUCUUUCUGAGUACCAUAUGUGUGCGGCUAGAUGAAAUCCGCUAUUUCUAUGGCGGAGCAGAUGGCUACAUGGACGGGGAAUUGGCUGAAAUGAUGUUUCGCGACGUAUGCUUCCUCAUAUGCUAUAUCGAACGCCUGGGAGUGUUCGGGGUAUUGUUCAUGGUACGCGAUAUGUUUAUGCUGGAGAAUCAGAUUCCGUUAUGGCUCAUCUCCUUAAUUCACCUGAAUCACAAUUCAUUGUUGUGUCAAUACUUGAGCUAUAAUAAUUUUGGGGAUAACAGGAUGACACAACUUCCAUGGGCAAAUGGGAGAGGGGAAGAGCCUCUUCACUUACUCGAAGCUGUGCGUGGCAUUAGCUUCAUCCUCGAUGAGACACAAGAAAAUUCGAGUAAUCUUUUGCGGCUUGUCAAAAAAUGUAAUAAUCUGAACACAAGGAAGCAAGACUCAAGAACUAACUGGCAAAUGAUGAACACUCCCUUGUGGUCCGCGACUGAUCUGAAAGCAAAGGGCGUUCAUUUCAGGCGAAGUUCGUAUUGUCUGACCGAUAUCAAGUUCGAAUCCUUUGCAUGGUAUGCGGAACUCCACCUUCCUUUCUUCUACAUCACCUACAGCUUGUUGGCGAACGAUGAAGAGGUGGUUGAAAUGGUUAAAAGCGUCGAUACUUAUGGAUUCGCGGGCGAUUGCCAUUUUAGGGAUGUGAAUAUGAGCAUUGAGAAGCACUGCACUAGCAAAGCAAGGACAUGGAUGGCCGAACUAAUCAACACCAACUUUCGGAGCCCGUGGACUGUUAUAGCUCUCGCGGCCGCCACUCUUCUGCUAUGCCUCACUUUUAUACAAACCUACUUCACAAUCAAUCCAACCAAUUAA